UGUUAGGUAGUACAGCUUCUUACUUCAAUUCAAUUCUUUCUGGAGAACCCUUUAUAAGCUUUUUAUAUGCUAACAUUGAGACAAUUCUGUGCUUGGAUUACAUGUGAAAAUCACCAUAAAUUUUAAACCUUGAAUCAAUAAGGGAACAAAUCGAAUUUCUCAGGAGUCAUUGACAUUUGAUUAAAGUGAAAAAGGAGGACUGUAGUUUGAAAUUGAGCGGAAAAUAUUGGAAUUAGGAUCAAAGUCAGCGGGAAGAUUGAACGAUCAAUAGCUGAUAUAUAUUGGACAAACAGUGGCCCAGUGCUUGGUUUAUUCUCCGGAACUGUCUGAGCCCCGCCCACCGAAACUUUGUAGACUCUUCGACCUUGACCGAACGGUAGCGGCACGCUAAAUCCACGUCACCGUGCAUGUUCAAGGUUUACAGAACUGUAUGCCCCUCUCUUAUCAAUAGCGAGAUCAUUCAAAGUAUAAUAGCUCACAUAGAUCUACUGAAUAGAAAUAGGAAUGAAUUUAAAUGGUCUACCUGUGCAGAUACGAUACGUUGAAUAGAUUAUCAUAAUAAACUCUUUAUGACACACACGCAUGCGCUCUUAAGAUGAAAUCGGAAUCCAAUCCAAUGACGCGAACUAAUCGUUUUGAAUCAGUAUUGAAAAUACCGGCAAACAGCGCGGAAGGGAGAUUUAACUCUAGACCGACGACCACACUUAAUUUCCGUCGAAGAACAAGUGUUACUUUUGAUAUCGGAUCGAUAAAAGAGAGUGAAUAUAGCGAUGAGAACUCGUACUACUCCAAGAAGAACAGUGACAUUCAUUUAAGGAGAAUGAGCGCUCCUGAACUACCUCCAAUACAGGAUAGAGCCAGAAAUUCCCCCAUUCCGGCUUACCACAGCAGUCGAUAUAUCCGCUGCAGAAGCAGCAAACCUAGCACCACCAGUGACAGUUCCCACAGACAGCGGUUUACGAAGUCACCAUUCAGUCAAGAGUCGUCCGAAUCCGGCAACAGUAAUGGUAAAAGGCUAGCAAACGGAUACUUACAGAGAUCAAAAACGUGGGUCCCGCCAGAGCAGACCAAUACUGCUUCAACUGUGAGUACUUUGAAAUUAGAAUCUAUCGAGAAGAAAGGUACAAUGAGCACACCCCGGUCAGUGAAAAACGGAUUCCGCACUCGGUUAUCGUCCAAAGACAAUUCCCUCUCUAGCGGAAACAACAAUACUGCGCAACUGAAGAAGAAGCCACUUACGCACUGUCAGAGUGAACCUAAGAUUUCCCCCUUGUCCGACUACACAACGAACCGACAGAAAACAACACUGAGACAGAAGUCUCGGACUAAUAAUAAUGUGAACAACAGAGUGCUUUCUGUGGAUAAAACGGACAACUUAAUUAAAAACAAAUACAACAGCGGUACAGUAAAUGGCAUGAGGCGAUACAGCUCCACCAUACAGCUGAUACCGCAGAAAAACUACGACGAGGACGAUGAUGACUCGGGCUCGGAUUCUGACAAAGAUCACAUGAUCAUCAACUGGCUUAUCGGGGUGGACAACGAGGACCCAGAGGAGGUUCCAGAUCCUGAGAUCGAAUACCCAGAUGAGCCCCCUCAAACUGACACUGCGUUACAUAUCGUGUAUGGCGGUGAUUCAUGAUGGCAGUCCGUAGCUUCCGGGACAAAAACCGAGGAAGCAAGAUACACUGUGAUGCUCGUAGAACCACGAAAAGGGGGUUCGAAAAGUUCCGAGAUAUUACCAGGGAUGACGAAGCUUAUCUGUGAUAUGAUAUGAUACCGUGAUCAGUUCAUGAGAUUUUGGUGCUUUGAAUACGGGAGAGAACAGAAGAUGGAGGUGUCGCUAGCUUGUGCAAUAUAUUUAAACUGGAGGGUUAGAAAAUAAUGACAUAGUCUGUUAUUUCUUCAUAUUCAGUGUCCUCUGUAUGUUAAAUCAUUGAUGUAACGACGUUUUGAAUGAAACACAGUAGCACCUAGUAAAAGUGUAUUUUAAAAGACAGUUUGCUGUAAUUCAAAAAACUCGUCUGGUUUUAAUUUCUUUUUUCGAAAACCAAUUUCAAAAUGUUAGAUCUUUUAUAAUGGUUUGGUAGUUGUGUUAUAUUGUAUUACUCCUGCUUAGCGAUUUAAACUGAACAUACUGUCUACUUCAAUGUGCUAUUUCAAACAAAAUAUCAUGUAACCAAACCCUGAUAAAGACAAAUUGCAAUUCAUUUUAUUGCUUAGAACUUUUAAACGUUAAAAGGAAUUCAACUUAAUUUAGUUAUUGGUUUUGUCAUGGUAUUUUUCGAAUUUGAUUGACAUAUUUUCCGAAGAGAAUAUAAAUAUAAAAUUUUAGCAUAGUAUGUUUAAAUAUUUUUUUAAGAAAUUGAUGAUCUGACAUUUUUUUUAAAGUUUUGACCUGAUCACGUCAGUAGCACGAGUAGCAGUUAACCCACCAGGGGGUAAUUAAAACGAGUCAUUUAAAACUAAUUAAACCUUCUAUUGUUCACUGUUAAUCCUAUUGUUCGAAAUACCAGUCCCUCGGUGGACAGGUUUUAGAUCUAAAUCUACCUAGUAAAGCUCAUUAUUUUGCAAUUACACUUUUGAAGCAAAAGAAAAAUCUUUCUUUUGAUUCAGCGAGAAUAAACCUUUUCUUUUAAAAUCAAAUAUUAAUCUGUUUAGUAUAGUGACCAGAAGAAUUAAGAAGAUUAUUGGGUUUUUCCUUUUUUUUUGUUGCACGAGUGUAACGGAAUGGACGUAUGUGGUUACCGUUGAGAGCGAGAGGGUAUUAAGACAAUGAGUCAUUGCGUUCACUCGGUCUUUGGUCCAAGCCCUAUCGCGGUUAAAAGUACCAUCAUCUUUAUGUACAUUGUUGAUCUGCAUAAUAUAUUGUUUGUACAUGUACCCGAGUAUUGUUUGUUAAUUAUACGAUUUUUUUUUCCAUAGAAGCCCUGAUUCGUCCCGCCAUUUUUCGCAACCCUGUUUAACAGGUCCAAUAUAUUGUAUAUUUUUCUCUCUCCAAGUAUUGUGCUGUGUGUGAACUAUUGUGUAACUUAUUACUAUUCCAUCUAUGUCUGUGUACGCUGAGAUGUACAUGUAUUAUUCCUAUGUGCCAAGUGUUUUUUUCUUGUAAUAUACUUGAGAAAAAAUUAUCUACCGACAGAGUUAGAUAUUUUUCCUGCUUUUUAUUAAUACACGUUUUCGGCGAGAUGUAGAUUUCCUGUUCAAAAGGUAGUAAGCUAUAAUAUUUAUGAUUGUAAUUAUCAAUAUUCAACCGUAGAGCCUCUAAAUUUCUUACCUAAACUAUCUUAAACUUAAUAGCACGCAUUUCCAUUAACAAACCACUUUUCAAGUCAAAUUUAUUAAUCACCCCUUAAAGAACACGAUCCGCCAAAUAAUGUCGGAGAAUUUAGAUCCUAACAUCACUCUCUCCCGAUUAGUCAAGUUUGAAUCUAUCAAUUAACAUCACGUAAUCAGACCAUGAGAAUGACACGUCUCUGGAUAUUUUUGUUUGAAAUAAUCUAGUCCUAAUGUUUUUAUGAGGGAACGUCUUUCUUGCCGAUUCUCCGCUGGUCGAGGGAAUCAUUUAGGGUCCUUUAAUUGUCCACGAACAGAACGAAAUUUAGAAAUUGCUAAAACACGAAUUGUCCACUGUUUGAAAUCCAGUACGUCUCGCAUAAUUAUUAGUAUAAGCAUACGCAAGACUGGUCUUAGUUUUCCGACAGUUGUUAUUUGUAGACAUGUAUUACAUGUACAUACAUAUUUGAAAUUAUAAGUCUUUUGUGGAUUAUUUUCUUUUAUAAUAAGCUAAGUCAUUGCUGUCGAUAUCGUUAAAUUGUGAGCAAAAUUUUUGUUAUCGUUGUCUUUUAAUUUAAUGGGAUAAUUUCGACAGGGAAAGAAAUUAAACUGACCCAUUCUGUCAUAACAUUGUGUUUAAAUGAGUUUAAAUGCCUUGUAUAGUCAGAGAUCGCCAUCAUUACAUUUCAUCAUUCUCUGAAUUUGAAAGCUGGUUUUUCUGUGCUCUAUGUAUAGACAGUUUAAGUCUUUGAAAAGUUGAAAAAUACUUGGGAGAAAAAAUAAAAGUAUGAAAUAUCUGAAAA